UUCGCUUUUUAGGUUUUCUUUUCUCUGUUCUUUAUAAACCCACACCCACUUUGCCAUGUUCAAAAGCUGAACAACCAUGUACGAUAACACACAAAAAUCACCCAGUCAGGUGGAGCUAGGCCACCGUGCUUCAGACGUGGAAUCCUAUAUCACACCAGCGUCUGAUCCAAAUAAUGUUCAGGACGCAGCGCCUUUUGAGCCAUCCUCGAUGGAUCGUCCACUAACUGAAGCGGACAAAAAAGCAAUGGUACGCGGGUUCUGCUUCUUCCUCCUGACCUUGGUGGUUGAUAUCGGGUUUCCACUAGCUAUAUACUAUGGUAUGAAGAACCACACUUCUUUGAUUGUUGCGCUGAUGGUCUCCAGUAUUCCACCGCUGCUGCUGGUCAUUGGCAAAUUCAUCUACAACCGCAAAGUCGAUAUCUUCGGAUGCUUGUUCGUCCUCGGCUUUAUCUUGUCUGGCAUCUUUGCUCUCGUCAGCGGAGAUCCUCGUCUCGUAUUGCUCAGAGACUCGUCUGUCACUUGCGUGGUAGGAAUCUGUUUCCUCCUCACGUUGAUUCCGAUCAAGACCAAGCGCUUCAACAACCGGCCGUUGCAAUUUUUAUUCUAUGCACAAAUCAUCGAAAAUCUCUCACCCGUCACAUGGAAAGACGAACAGGGGAAUGAAUACACCUUGAGCCGCGCCGAUUGGCUCUACACCUAUGUACCGUAUCUUCGUACCUAUGCCAUUGCCACCACUGUUUUGUGGGGAGUUAUGUUAGAAGCCGAGUUUAUUGCCAAAGUCAUUUUGAUUACAAGCAGUUUGACAACAGAUCAAGUGGUCAACUAUGGAAAUAUCAUUAUCGGUGUCAUUACAGCAGUGGCCACAGUAGGCAGUGUCUUGAUUAGUGCUCCCAUACGUUCCAGGUCAUUGAAAUCAUACAAGGAAUGGGAGUCUCAGCGCUUUCAUCCGGCGCCUCCCCCUUUUGCCAAGAGAGAUUAAACGUACCGCCACGCCAAGACAUGAUGAACUCAAGAGAUCCUGCUGUUCUGACAACAUCCGACUACAAUACCAUUCCACAGCAAAUUAAUUGAUGAUGAUAGUUCAUCAUCUGUAUAUAUGUCAUUGCUAGUGAUUUAAGUUGCCUAUGCCACAAAAUACCAUCCCAUUUUUAUAUUACG